AUUUUGUACCAUCCUAUUGUAGUAAAACCUUGGGAGUGAUGGACCUAAAAGGUUCCUAGACGGGACAAAGGCAGAGGGCCACCUGCUUUACUGCAGAAACACUCCCACUGAUAGCGAAGAGGAGAGAAGAAAGGAGGACGCCCACACUGGACAGAUAGAGAGAACACCAGAGAAAGGAGGAAGAGAGGAGACAGGAGAACAUAGAGAGAAGAAGAGGUGGAGGAUGAGGAGCAGAGCGCAGCGCUGGAGUACGUGACAGUCAGGGUGUGUGGUCUCACAGCGCUGGUUUCCUGCCCUACUCUGCACUUCACACUCGAGGGGGAGGAUGGGGUCUGUGGUCUGAGGGUUCUGACGGCUGCUAACAGCUGACAAGGGAGUGGUUGGGGGAGGCGUGAGAGAAGAACAUCUCGAGGCACAGAGAGAGCGGACCAGCGUGAGGAAGAGAGAGGAGGAAAGAGCGAGAGAGUGAGAGAAGAACAUCUCGAGGCACAGAGAGAGCGGACCAGCGUGAGGAAGAGAGAGGAGGAAAGAGCGAGAGAGUGAGAGAAGAACAUCUCGAGGCACAGAGAGAGCGGACCAGCGUGAGGAAGAGAGAGGAGGAAAGAGCGAGAGAGUGAGAGAAGAACAUCUCGAGGCACAGAGAGAGCGGAACCAGCGUGAGGAAGAGAGAGGAGGAAAGAGCGAGAGAGUGAGAGAAGAACAUCUCGAGGCACAGAGAGAGCGGAACCAGCGUGAGGAAGAGAGAGGAGGAAAGAGCGAGAGAGUGAGAGAAGAACAUCUCGAGGCACAGAGAGAGCGGACCAGCGUGAGGAAGAGAGAGGAGGAAAGAUCGAGAGAGUAACACUCAUACUUUUGAGCAAAAGAGACAAAGAAAGAGAAAGGUGUGUAGGAGAGUAACCAGAGAACAGUAUCCCACUGAACCUGACAACCAAGGCACAGCAGGACCAGGGCUGUUAAAGGACACGUAACAACACACACAUUCUGGACAGUGGACAGUCAAACUCCAGCUGCAGAGUCUCUGACAUGGAGGGAAUCUGGAUGCACUGAAGAUCUGCCGGUCCUAAAGACACCCCAGCUUCAACACAAUGACCACUCUUCCCUCCUCCCCCCUUUCCACCUCCUCUCCCAACACCUCUUUACCCCUGUCCUCCUCUUCCUUCCCCCUCUCCAAUGCCACCUAUCCCCUCUUUACCUCCUCCUCCCCAAACCAGACCCUAUGUAAUCUAGAUGACGGUGCCCUGCGCCUCCCCCUUGUCUUCUUCUACUCCCUCUUCUUCCUCCUGGGUCUGGUGGGUAAUCUCCUGGCCCUGUGGGUCUUCGUCUUCCUCCACUCCAGGAGGAACUCUGUCCGGGUGUUCCUCAUCAACGUGGCCAUAGCUGACCUGGUGCUCCUGGCCUGCCUCCCCUUCAGAGUCCUCUACCAUGCUAAUGGCAACCGCUGGGUCCUCGGCCCCCUGCUCUGUAAAGUGGUGGGCAACCUCUUCUACAUGAACAUGUAUAUCAGUAUCACUCUGCUGGGGUUCAUUAGUCUGGAUAGGUAUGUGAAGCUGAAGGGGCGGGGCGGAGCGGGGAGGGGCCUGGCCAGGAGGCUGAGAGGCGGGGGAUGGAGCUGGGUGGCGUGCGGGGCGCUCUGGGGGCUGUCCCUGGCGGCGGCCGUGCCCAUGAUCGCCAUGUCGGAGGGAAACGAGGAACCUGGGAAGUGUUUCCAGUAUAAGCAGCGAUGUGGGGCGAAGGGGAAGGCUUACUUCAACAUGGCUCUGGUGCUGCUGUUCUGGGGGGUGUUCUGCCUGCUGGUGGUCUCCUAUGGGAAGAUAGCCAUGCGCCUCCUCAAGGUGUCCAGGGAUAAACCUGACCUCCCCAACGCCCACCGCUAUGGUAGCGCCGCCAGGAAGUCCUUCUUCGUGCUCUUCCUGUUCACCGUCUGCUUCGGACCCUACCACGCCUUCCGCCCAUUCUACGUCCUCUCCCAGCUCAGCCAAUCCCCAUCCUGCGAUUACUUGCGCCUGGUGGACAGGACCAAUGAGGUCAUGUUGUUGUUCUCUGCCUUCAACGCCGUCCUGGACCCUGUGAUGUACUUCCUGUUGUCGGGCUCGGUGCGUAAGGCCGCCGUGAAAGCCCUCGGACAGAGCCUCGGCAACCGGCUCCACUUCCUUAACGACGGGACCUCCAACAGCUCGGUAUCAGAGUUCAGACGGACCUCUCUGUCCGUCACCUCCCCCAACACCGUCAUUAACCCCUCCCACAAGCCCAGGACCAGCCUCUGUCUGAUUAGCCCCACCCUCCGCCCUGGUGCAGCCGUAGUGGCAAAGCAGUGACUUUACAGACUUCAUUGUUUUACUUCAUGGACUUAACCUCUAUUUACAUUAUAAUGUAUACCAUGUACUCAACAACUCAUGUGACAAGGGCCAACGUCUUCAACUAGACUCAGUUUCCAAGAAUGGAACUGACCAGAUGUCCUGAAUCAAAGUGAUAUACACUACCGUUCAAAAGUUCAGGGUCACUUAGAAAUGUCCAACGCAAAACCCCAGUCUCCCCAGUCUCAACGCAAAACCCCAGUCUCCCCAGUCUCAACGCAAAACCCCAGUCUCAACGCAAAACCCCAGUCUUAACCCAAAACCCCAGUCUCAACCCAAAACCCCAGUCUCAACGCAAAACCCCAGUCUCAACGCAAAACCCCAGUCUCAACGCAAAACCCCAGUCUCAACUCAAAACCCCAGUCUCAGCGCAAAACCCCAGUCUCAGCGCAAAACCCCAGUCUCAACGCAAAACCCCAGUCUCAGCGCAAAACCCCAGUCUCAGCGCAAAACCCCAGUCUCAGCGCAAAACCCCAGUCUCAGCGCAAAACCCCAGUCUCAGCGCAAAACCCCAGUCUCAACGCAAAACCCCAGUCUCAACGCAAAACCCCAGUCUCAACGCAAAACCCCAGUCUCAACGCAAAACACCAGUCUCAACGCAAAACACCAGUCUCAACGCAAAACACCAGUCUCAACGCAAAACCCCAGUCUCAGCGCAAAACCCCAGUCUCAACGCAAAACACCAGUCUCAACGCAAAACACCAGUCUCAACGCAAAACCCCAGUCUCAACUCAAAACCCCAGUCUCAACGCAAAACCCCAGUCUCAACGCAAAACCCCAGUCUCAACUCAAAACCCCAGUCUCAACGCAAAACCCCAGUCUCAACUCAAAACCCCAGUCUCAACGCAAAACCCCAGUCUCAACGCAAAACACCAGUCUCAACUCAAAACCCCAGUCUCAACCCAAAACCCCAGUCUCAACGCAAAACCCCAGUCUCAACCCAAAACACCAGUCUCAACGCAAAACACCAGUCUGAACUAGAUAGAGGAACUCUGGACAGAGGAACUCUGUCUAGAAGGCCAGCAUCCCGGAGUCGCCUCUUCACUGUGAGGUUGAGACUGGUGUUUUGCGGGUACUAUUUAAUGAAGCUGCCAGUUGAGGACUUGUGAGGCGUCUGUUUCUCAAACUAGACACUAAUGUACUUGUCCUCUUGCUCAAUUGUGUAACCCUUGCAAAAGGGUUUUCUAAAUGAUCAAUUAGACUUUUAAAAUGAUAAACUUGGAUUAGCUAACACAACGUGUCAUCAAAUCAAAUCAAUAUUUAUUGGUCACAUACACAUGGCUAGCAGAUGUUAAUGUGAGUGUACCGAAAUGCUUGUACUUCUAGUUCCGACCGUGCAGUAAUAUCUAACAUCUACAUGUGAGAAGAAUAAUGUAGGGUAGGUAAACAUUAUAUAAAGUGGAACACAGGAGUGAUGGUUGCUGAUAAUGGGACUCUGUACGCCUAUGUAGAUAUUCCAUUUUUUUAUUUGUCCAUUUACAACAUUAACAAUGUCUGCACUGUAUUUCUGAUCAAUUUUAUGUUAUUUUAAUGGACUUCUUUUUUGCUUUUCUUUCAAAAACAAGGACAUUUCUAAGGGACCCCGAACUUUUGAAUGGUAGUGUACAUGCCUGUGUCUGUCUGUUAACUAAUAUUGUCAAUAGUAUGUGACACAAUCAUAUCUGAUAUAACACUGUACAAAGCAAAUAAAUAUAUAUAUAAUUAAGCUCA